AUGUCUCCCCAAAACAAAGCCCUCUUCUUCUCCAAAAUCCCCACCGGAUACCCCGUGCCGGGAGAGCACUUAACCAUUCAAAACGUCCCAAUUGAUCCCUCCACGCCAGCUCCAGAAAAUGGAAUCACUGUUCAAUCUCUCUACACCAGCUUCGACCCUUACAUGCGUGGUCGCAUGCGCGAUUCCACCAUCAAAUCAUACUCCCCGGCUUUUGACCUUGGAAAACCCAUAUACAGCCGCUCUGUUGCCAAAGUCCUGGCAUCCAACAACAGCAAGUACAAACCGGAUGAUCACGUCAUUGGCUUCCUGCCCGUACAGGAAUAUGUCUUCCUGCCACCGGAGGCCCUGGAAGCCAUCCAGCUGCUGGACAAUCCCUUAGGCCUCGAAGAUACCCGCGUCUUCUUAGGCCCGCUAGGAAUGCCCGGCCUGACCGCAUACUCAUCUUUAAUGGAAAUCGGCAAGCCGAUCAAGGGCGAGACGAUCUUCAUCUCCGCCGCGUCCGGGGCAGUGGGCCAGGUCGUGGGCCAGUUGGCGAAGCAUCUGGGUCUGAAGGUGAUUGGCAGCGUCGGUACGGAUGCCAAGUUGGAUUAUAUCCUGAAUGAGUUGGGAUUCGACGGCGGGUUCAACUACAAGAAGGAGAAGCCGCGUGAUGGACUGGCGCGCCUCGCACCGGACGGGAUCGAUAUUUACUACGAGAAUGUCGGCGGGGAGCACUUAGAGGCAGCCAUCGAUGCGAUGAGGGAUUUUGGUCGCAUUGUGGCCUGCGGAAUGAUUUCGCAGUAUAAUCUGAGGCCACAGGAGAGGUACGGGAUUAAGAAUAUAUUCAUGGUCAUUUCGAAGAGGAUUACCAUGCGUGGGUUUAUUGUUGGAGAUCAUGGAAUGGGAGAUAAGUGGGAAAAGCAGCAUAAGGAGACUGUCUCGCGGUGGAUUAAGGAAGGAUCAUUCAAACCCGCCAUUGCUGAAACGGUGGGGAUUGACAAUGCAGCGGAAGGCCUGGUGGGCAUCUUCCGUGGUGAGAACUUUGGGAAGGCCGUGUUGAAGUUCCAGAAGGUUUGUUGA